UCACCGCCACUUCCUGGAACUUCAAUAGGGGGUGAAGAGGAAAUUAAAAAAAGAGAGAAAGAAACGCCUAAACCGAACCCUAGCUUCGUUGUUGUCCAUCGAGGGCAUCAUGGAGUCCCUGGGCGUCCUUCUGACCCUCCCCAUGAACCCCUAUCUGGAGGCGGAGCUCCACCGGCGGUGCCAUCUCUUCCGCCUGUGGGAGUCCCCGCCGGCCCGCCGCAAAGACUUCCUCCGGGCCAAUGCGCCGUCGAUCCGGGCGGUGGUGGGGAACGCCUUCGUCGGGGCGGACGCCGAGACCAUCGACGCGCUGCCGCGGCUGGAGAUCGUGGCCUCCUAUAGCGUCGGCCUCGAUAAGGUGGACCUCGCCCGGUGCCGGGAGCGGGGGAUCCGGGUGACCUAUACACCCGACGUCCUCACCGACGACGCCGCUGACCUCGCCAUCGGUCUCUCAAUCGCCACGUUGAGGCGGCUCUUCGAUGCCAACCGCUACGUGAGGGCCGGUUCAUGGAAGGCCAAGGGGGAUUACAAGCUCACCUCUAGGUUCAGUGGUAAGACUGUGGGUCUUCUCGGGCUUGGCAGGAUUGGUUUAGCUGUUGCCAAGAGAGCUGAAGCCUUCGGCUGCCCCAUCUGCUACCACUCGAGAACUAGAAAGCCAAAUGUAAACUACAAGUACUUCCCCAGUGUGCUUGAGCUGGCAGCCAACUGUGAUGUGCUUAUUGUGGCAUGUUCACUAACUGAGGAAACUCGCCGCAUCAUCAACCGUGGGGUGAUUAACACAUUGGGCCCAAAGGGUGUGCUUGUGAAUAUCGGACGAGGUCCUCAUGUGGAUGAGCCCGAGCUCAUCUCAGCAUUGGUCGAGGGCCGGCUUGGAGCGGCCGCGCUUGAUGUAUAUGAGCAUGAGCCCGACGUACCUGAGGAGCUGUUUAGACUGGAAAAUGUGGUUUUGACACCUCAUGUGGGAAGUGCCACCUGGGAAACUCGCAAAGCAAUGGCUGAUUUGGUUCUUGGGAACUUGGAGGCUCAUGUGCUGAAUAAACCCUUGUUGACUCCAUUCCUGUGAUUCUAUAUAUUGGCAGUGGUGGGUUGAUCAUUUUCAGGAAUUCCAUGGUGGAUAUUUCAUUUGGAUGUCUGCAUUUUAGGAAGCAAUUUAUUUGCACCUAAAUAUUUUUGUGGAAUUUGUUUGUAAGUCAAAAUUUCCUGAAAUAUCAUAGUUAUUCUCAAUCGAGUCGUUCUUAUUUCUUUCACUUCUUCAAUGUACAAUGUUGACAAACUGUUCAAUUGGUGAAAUAUCAUCUUUUCUUAGAAUGAAGA